AUGCUCAACGAUAGCGAUACCUCAAAACGAAAAGCGGACGGCUAUGCGUUCAGGAUAUCCCCGAAUGGCGCCGGUGAUACCACGGUUCCUGCUGCACCGCCUUCGCCUCAAUUGAAGGCUGCGGCGGAGAAGAAGGAUGCGCCUGGAUUGAUUGCUGCGGCUGCGCACGCCGCGGUUCCAACUUGGGCUAACAUGGUAUUGAUGGUGUCGCUUAUCUUUGGAGGAUGCUGUGCGAACUUCGUCUUAUGCGCCAUCUUCACACUCCCUCAUUUCCUGUCCUUCUCUGCAGGUCCUCGGGCACUAUUUCUCAGCCCACGUGCAAUUCCCCUCCGAUCAUGGGUCAUUUAUACUUCGUUCUUUGUGACGGUCAACAUGUUGAACAAUUGGGCAUUUGCAUAUAAGAUCUCCGUGCCACUUCACAUCAUUCUCCGAUCAGGUGGCCCGGUAGCAUCUAUGAUUGUUGGAUAUAUCUUCAACGGCAGACGUUAUUCCCGGGGUCAGAUACUUGCCGUCGCAAUGUUGACAAUGGGCGUUGUUGCCGCUGCGUUAGCAGAUGCGCAAGCGAAGGGCAAAUCCAUUGAGAUCUCAGGCGAGGAUACAGCUAUGAUGACCACCGCUACCGGCUUUACGAUUCUGGCUUUGGCCAUGGUUUUGUCUGCUUUCCAGGGGAUUUAUGCUGAUCGGUUGUAUGCGACUUAUGGACGAGAUCAUUGGAAGGAGGCCUUGUUCUAUUCGCAUACGCUUUCCCUGCCUCUAUUCUUGACUAGCUAUACACAGUUGUCUUCGCAAUGGCGGGUGGUAUCUUCGACGCCAUCGCUUCUCUCGACCUUCCCCCAAGGAGGAUCGGAGGGAUCAGUCGCGUCUACGAUGGGUCAUACAGCGAUUUCUGUUCUGGCGACGGUUCAGAAACAUGCGCCUAUUCAGUCAGCGCUCGAUCGGCUUCCUGUUCAGGUGGCGUUUCUGAUCAUGAAUGCUCUAACGCAGUACCUUUGCAUUCGGGGUGUCCACCUGCUCUCUGCCAAAUCCUCAUCCUUGACCGUGACAGUCGUCUUGAACAUCCGCAAGCUGGUCUCCCUCUUGUUGUCAAUCUACCUUUUUGGAAACCACUUGGGGUCUGGUGUUCUUGUCGGCGCAGUGCUAGUCUUUGUCGGCGGUGGCUUGUACGGGUUCGAAGGCGCACGACUUCGAAAAGUGACGAAGAAGGCGUAG